AUGCCGACCAAAUCUCUAGAUAAUGAGAACCGCGUCAAGACAGACGUCACAAAGGCUCUCGAAGAAGGUGAUCAAAUACUGAAACCUGAUGAAUGUGCCAGACGUGCGAUUGCAGGAAUUGAAAGCGGAGAAGAGCUUGUUGCCACGAGCACUAUUAUCAGACUGGUUAUGACUACUGUUAUGGGUGGUGCUAUCAGAGGUGGGUUUUGGACGGGGUUGAUCAAUACUAUGUUGAGUUGGGUUGUUAUGAUUGUCAUGGUAUUUAUUCGCUGGGAUAUGGAUGUCAAAGUUAGGAACUGGGGAAAGAAACAUGGUGCAACUGGCAAGGCUUCUGAGUAA